AUGGCAACAAUUCUGCAAGCAGUUCGGCCUCUGCGAGCUGCUCGUUUGCUGCAGUCGGUGCGCUGGAACUCCAAUGAGGUCCCACUCAUCGACCCUUCGCGCAUGAUUCAAAAACCUGACUACCAACCCUCCACUCGCAAGUCAAGAGGUGCUGCCCUAAGGCCCCAUCUUGGUGUUGAGGUAGACCCAAAUCAUGGUCUUUGGGCAUUCUUCAGAAAGAAGGAAGUGGACGGGGAGAUGAAGUAUGAGAGUAUUGAAGCAAGAGACACAUUCCAAGAUGAUCCCGGAAGGGCAUGGAAAGCCGCGGAACUUCGGCGAAAGAGCUUCAAGGACUUGCAUACGCUCUGGUAUGUUCUCUUGCGAGAACGAAACCUCCUUGCUGCCCAGAAAGAGGAAGGAAGACGACUUGGUAUCAGCAAUCACGAGAGUCUUGCUGGCAGUAAGAAAAAUCUUCAAUGUCGGAAAUCUAUGGCACGCAUAAAAUAUGUGAUUAACGAGCGGAGGUUGCUUUAUGAGAAAUACGCUGCAGAAUUGGAAACCAAACGGCAGCUCCUGGCAUCCAAGUCGACGCCCGUGACAGCUGACGUUCAGCCGUCUCAAGAUAAAGAAAACGUUCCUCGUACGCGUGCUGAGAGGCUGAAGGCUCGGCGGGCCAGGAAGCCGAGUGCACCUAUUACUGUAUGA